CAUAUCUCUCUCUACCUCACCUCGACCAUCACCAACACGAGUCCCUUGAUCUCAAUUCUUGUUUCGUAAGGGGGCCUGGCUUUCAUCGCAUACGAAACCAUCACCGUGUGCAUCACAGGACCUUGAUCGAAUCUUCCUCCCAUCUCUUACCCCUCCUCCAUCAAAACCGCAAAAAUGUCCCACCCAAGAAUAGAAGAGGUCUCGGACAGCGACUUCGACUCUGACCCAGCCGAGGCCGACAUCGAUGACUUUGCCGACUCCGAUAUCAUGCGCCGCGUUGAACCCUCGUCCGCCCCCAUAAAAGCUCCCGCUCCUCCUCACCAGGAACCCGCCAUCGUACCCGCCGAUGCUCCCGUCGGAAGCACCAUGCCUGCCUCGGCCGAUCGCUCUGCCUACGCCGAUUUCCAAUGCCUUUACCCCGUCUACUUUGACGCCUCGCGGUCUCGCGCCGAGGGUCGUCGUGUGAGCGCUGAAUUGGCUGUCAAGGACCCUCUUGCGCGGGAGAUCGCAAAUGCCUGCUCGCGACUACGACUGCAAACGCUGUUUGAGCCCGAAAAGGUGCAUCCCAAGGACUGGGCCAACCCUGGCCGUGUUAAGGUCGGUCUGAAGAAGUCGUCUGGCCACCCCGUCAAGAACAAGCACCACCUGUACCGCCUUGUCGCUGAGCAUCUGCGCGACAACCCCACGACCGAAGACAGCCCCGGUUUGCGUGUCCGCAUCGGUGGCCAACUGCAGCCCGAGCCCGGAAAGCCCUACCCCAAGCCUGCUGCGCCGCGAGGAUGGAAGAUGGGCGAGCUGGUGCCGUACCUGAGCGCUGCCAUGACAGGCGGUGGUGUUUCGGAGAAUCUGUUCAAGGAUAUGAUGAAGGAGAUGCAAGGUGGCGGAGAUCCCAUGUCAGCUCUUAUGGGUGCGCAAGCAGGUGGCGGCGGUGGUGAAGAGAGCAGUGGUGGCGGCGGCAAGAAGAAGAAGGAUAAGAAGGGUAAAGGAAAGGCAUGAAAGUGACAUUUACGGCAUGUGGAAGGGAGAAGGAGGAUGCUAUGGUCUGGGACGUUAGAGAUACCCAGGGAUUCAGCAUGAUCACAUAUAAACAAAAA